GGAAGUCUCUCGGUGUCCCAGUCAGUCAGUCAGUGCGUGCGCCGCCGGGCUGCUGAGUGUCUCCCUGCCCACAUGCACACAGUGAGGGUGCAGACAAGGAGCAGGACCGGUUGUGGGAUUUAUUAUUCGGAGUGAGUGAACACCUGGAUUACGAAACAACCUUUUAUUUUGUAUCUUAUUUGUUGCUUUUUUCUGACUCCUGGGCUUGAGAAACAACCUGCCAUCAUGUCUCGGGAUCCAGAGGAUGUGAGCAAGCUUACUGAAAGUACAUACAAGAUUAUGAUGGAUCAGUUCAACCCGGGCCUGAGGAACCUGGUCAACCUCGGGAAGAACUAUGAGAAAUCAGUCACAGCCAUGACUCUCGCUGGAAAGGCCUAUUUUGAUGCAGUCUCAAAGAUCGGCGUGAAUGCCACCGUGUCUCCAGUCUCCAGAGAGCUCGGUGUGGUUCUGAUGGAGAUAGCAGAGGUCCACAGGAACGUCCACAAUGAACUGGAAGAGAACUUAAAGAGGUUCCACAGAGAGGUUAUUAUCGAGCUGGAGAAGAAGACAGAGAUGGAUGUUAAAUACAUGAACGCCACCUUCAAGCGCUAUCAGUCAGAGCACAAGCUGAAGCAGGACUCCCUGGAGCGCUCGCUCACGGACCUGAAGAAACUCAGGAGGAAAAGCCAGGGAAAGCAAUCAAAUAAGUACGAGAUAAAAGAAAACGAGUAUAUGAAGACCAUCACAUCGCGCCAGGUGGACAUGCAGAAGUUCAUGGCUGAGGGCUGCAGGGAGGCCUUACUGGAAGAAAAGAGACGCUUCUGUUUCCUGGCAGACAAACACUGCAUGUUCUCUUAUCAAAUUAGCAACUUCCAUGAGAAAGCCAAAGAGAUGCUGGCCGUGAAGCUCCCCAGCUGGCAGGAAAAAUGCAGCGACAUCACCAUGGUGCCGGAUACGGUGAUGACCAUGAUAGAGGGGCUGUCCACCACUCCGGAGCAAUCCCCGCAGGUUGAGCGCAACAACAGGAACAACAUGGAGUCACCGGUGCCUCCUCCAGCACCCCAGCUCAAGGCACAGAUCAGUCCAUUAGCCAACAUGUUCAACCCAGAGCCCAGAUCUCCGCUCACCUCCUCUUCAGACCACGGCUCAGAUCGCGGCAGUCUCGGGGAGGGCAGUCUGUCCCGGUCGACAUCUCAGUCGUCCGGUCUCAAUGUGGGCAGGAGGCCUCGAGUUAAGACCAUCUUUCCCCAUACGGCGGGCAACAACCACACACUCCUCAGCUUCGAUGACGGCGACAUCAUCACCCUGCUCAUCCAGGAAGAGAAGGACGGCUGGCUCUAUGGAGAGCUGGAGCGGACACAGCAGCGGGGCUGGUUUCCCUCUUCUUACUGCAGGCCUCAUUCUGAGCCGGUGAUAUCAGAUAGCAGCAAUCUGGGCACACCGGUGCGUCGUCUGAGUGUGGCCAGUCUGCCAGAGCAGGAGGAGGAGGAGCCGGUGUUGCUGCCGCCACCAGACUACAGCGACGACACCCCCUCUAAACCAGUGAUCCCCUCAAUGCCCUCGCCACAGAGCAUGGUUUCUUUAGCACCCAAUGUCACUGCAAAGGCUCCUUUUCUAGGAGGAGGGAAUCCGUUUGCCACGGUCAAGCUGAGACCAACUGUCACGCAUGACAGAUCAGCGCCAGUCAUCUAACACAGAGGAGGAGGAUUUUCACCGCUGUCAUGCCUUCAGGGGAAUCAUACAACAUGGGACCCCUGCGACACACCGAAUAUCACCCCAACCUGACAUCUCACCAGCCUGCAUGCUAGUCUCUCUCAGUACCAGUCUGCUCUAUUAAAGGGAUCCAUUGUUUUUGGCACAGAAAGUUUUACCAUGCAAGUGUGUGUUUUACAUUAGCCACAACAGGGACAUGUUGCAUAAUCAAUACAUGGAAAAGCAGGAAUUCUGAAAACUUUUGUUGCACAAAGAGUUAUUUUAUGUGAAAAAAAGUGUCCCCCCAAAAUGAAAAUUUAGACUUUGUCACUGAAAGUUGUAAUCAGAUCUAAAAAUAUGUUGCAUUGCUUGUGGCUGCUUUGCAAUUAAAGCCACCUUGUGCUUUGGCAGUCGCUUAAUACAGAUAAGACAUCACAUAGACCAAACAAAACUUAAUAUAACUCUUAUACAGUGUAAAGACAAUGAACAAUGAGGCUGAUAACAAUGAGAUAAAAUUGCACUGGCAUACACUGUUUCCUGUGAAUCCCCCGUGCAUUGGUAGGCAAUUGGAAUCCAGCACGGGAGUGGCGGACUCCACCACUACCGAUGAAAAUCUUGAGGAUUAUAACUUCAGGAAGUAAUUCAAACUAGAAAAUACUUUUGUUUCAACCAGUCUUUCCAGUUUUACAAAAUUUAGACAGAAUAUCUUUCCACCAUGAUUCAACUGUUUUGUAGACAAACAAUUACAAAAAAAGGGGAGGGGUGGCAUUUAAUGCUAGCUAUGUGCUGUAGUUCCUUCAGCAUUGUAAUACGAGGCUGAGAUUAAGCUAUUGUGCAUCUAAUGGUCCUACAAAUACCAGUGGAGUUUCUACCGGUAUGCUAACAAGGUGAUGAAACCUGAAUCUUCAUUUUGGGGUGAACUGUCACUUUCAGAUAGUUUCUAUAAGAGGACAAUGGAUGCUCAGACAGUGUCUUGAGGUCUUUUCUGGUUUAUUUGUGCAGCAGUCAGUGCAGUGUUUAAAUACAGAAUGAUGAGAUCUAGAUGUUAACAAUAGUGACCUGAUGCUGAUGGAAAAAGACAACCCAGGCUAUCUUCCUGACUUGCUGAAAAAUAUAUUGUUAUUUCUAUUUUUAUUAAUUAUUUGUCUUUCUUUUAAGAGAAAUUGUGAUAUUCUAAGGUUGUGAGAAUGAAGGGAGAGUGACGUGUUGGGAAAAAGGGUUUGUCAUUUGAGUGAAGGCAAAACAGUAUGUCACUGUUUAAAAUGAGAAGGCUAUUUAUAUACAGUAAGUUUGUAUGAGAUAUUUAAAUGAAAUAUGUAUACAGAAGUCCAUUCUGUGAAGGGGCCCCUUUGAAUACAAUAGCCACUGUGCUGAUGAUCCCACACUGAUUUUGAUUUGAAUGCUGGUAUGUAUUUUAAAUGGGCAAAAUUACCUUUUGAUGAAGGAAAUAUUUUUCACUCCUGUUGUUUAACGUAGAUUCUGUGUACCAUGCACAGUUUAUGCAAAAUAAAAAUGUUCUUUACUGUUAGACAUUUGUAUUGUAUGAAUAAAGUGGGUCGUUAUUUAAAAUUAACAGUAUGAACUGUUUCUUGAGGAACUGACUUCUGCCAUGUAUUUGCUUUACAGAAUGUAAAUGUAUGGUGAGGAAAUGAUUGGUGAAACAGUUUAUUGAUCCUCAUAGACCCACUGAUGUUAAGUGUGUAAGUGAACCCAUCAUACUGACAUAGUUAUUGCCUCAUGCUUUCUUCAGAGUACCUUGCCACUGUGUUGACCAAUGUAGUCUUUUUUUCUCAAUAAAACAAGGUAGAGUCCAGUAAAAGUUUGCAUAA